CCCUUCGUCCCUUCAUCUCGUCUGACAUGGCAGACCCCAGCAUCACGUCUCCCUCCGGAACGCCCCUGCGCUCCCCCAGCGCCCCGCUCACCCUCUCCUUCCCGUUCCCGCGGGAGGGGAGCCGGGCGUGGCAGGAAGGGAGGGAGCCCCCGCUUCCCCGCGACCUGCCCAGCCCGCUGCCGACCAAACGAAACCGCACCUACUCAGCUACGGUCCGCGCUCACUCAGGUCCAGUUUUCAAGGGCACUUGCAAGAACUUUUCCAGAUCACAAGGCCACGGCUUCAUCCAGCCGUCGCACGGCGGAGAAGACAUCUUCGUUCACAUCUCAGACAUCGAGGGCGAGUACGUCCCCGUCGAGGGAGACGAGGUCACGUACAAGGUGUGCCGGGUUCCCCCUAAGAACAUUAAGGUGCAGGCGGUGGAGGUGAAGAUCAUCCACCUCAACCCGGGGACGAAACACGAGACCUGGUCCGGACAGAUCAUCAGCUCGUAGUCGGCGAGAUCGGAGGACGGCGACGCUCCGGCUCGUGCGGUGGCGGCGCUCCUGGACUCUUUGCUUCGUUUAAAAACAGCAACAAAAAAAAAAACCAACAAAAAAAACCAACAACCUCUUUUAGAAAUAUAUGUUGCUCUACUCUGUGUCAGUCAGAGCUGAUAUGAAAUCGUUACUGUUGCAGGCAAGUACUUACUGACAGAGCUGAUAGAUUCUGUUCAAGCUACUCCAACAAAUCCUCUUUGUGUUAUUUAUGUUUAAAUUGAAGAGGGGACCAUAAAUUAACCAGACUUAGGGUUUGGUUUUUUUUUUUGGUUUGUUUUUGUGUUAGUUUGUUCACAGUUGGUGUAAAAAAAAAAAAAAAGAAAUACUGGGAACAACAUUAAUCAUGUCUGCAUGGUGCAGACUGCAGUGUGUGUGUGUGUGUGUGUGUGUGUGUGUGUGUGUGUGUGAGGAGACAAUGUGUUUUCAGUUCUACUUCCCCUCUUUGCAGCUGUUCCUCCGUUGCUGCAUCAAAGUUUCCAGGGUCACAUGUUUGCUGCGAGGGUUUCGUCGUGGGACUUGUCCCACCCUGUCUGCGCCGUUGCUACAUCAAAUGUACAAAUUUAAAGCGGAUAUAUUAAACUCAGACAACAGCUGAAGCAAAAGGAAGUGAUGGCAACGUUUCAGGAAUAAGACGGGUUGGUCCUGGAAAACCAGGGAAGCCGUGAGGACUUUUUUACAUCUCCUCCCAUGAUGGGAUGUUUCAUAUCUGCUUCCUUGUUUCACAUCAUCAUUUAAAAAAAAUAAAUAAAAAUCAUGUGACAGAUGCAGGAAGGGUCAUUUGACCUUCAGCAGACAAACUACUGACUUUUUAUAAACGGUUAAAAAAACAUUUCCAAGUCAGUGGUGGUUCCUUUAUAUACAUAUGAAUCUGAAAUUGGGUUAAGGAGAGUAAAGAAAACACGAUGUUAAAGACAUUUUUAGCUAUAUUUUAGAGGAGAAAUAAAAGGCCUUUUUGAAGAUAAAGUAAAAGUUUUAAAAAAUUCUCAAGGAAUCCCAGAUCAGUGAAGACUAAUCCAGCUCAAGGUUGAGCUAAAUAUUUUUGAUUUUUGAGCAAGUUGUCAAAAACAUGUCAUGAUUGUCCUUUAGUUUAGUGCAGAAUAGGAAUCUGCAAGUCAGUGUAAUGUUUUUCGUUUACAUUUCACUACACAAAGGAAAACCCUGGGACAACCAAGUAAGCAGCAGAAAACUAUUCAGCAUGAGAAAUGUUAAUAUUUUAAUUCAUUAAUUUUUUUUUGGAGUACCUGGCUGCCCUCCGUCGGAGUGGCGCCAAGGGCAGAGAGCCAUAUCGUCCAUAUAAAAAAGCCGCCGCUAGUUCAAAUAGAAAGAAACUGCACACAUUUCCAUAAAAGCGAAUUUGCUUCAUCGUUCUCUCUGUGUGGAUAUUCGUUCAUUUGUGUGUGAAAUAAUAUAUAUAUAUAUUUUUUGUCAGAUUAUGACACGCUUUGCAUUUUGCUGAGUAUGGAAGCUACUCGACCUGCCACUUUGGAUCAGAUACAUAUACUGUAUAUCACAGCUGAGGUUUUUACUGCCAGUGAGUGAAAACCGUGUGUUUGGGGAAACGCGGUGGCCUCACCGGAUCGUGUGUUAGAGGAACUCCGCGCAUCGUAGCUGCCCAGGAUAAAUGGGACACAGCGCCUCAUUUUCUACUACUGCAAGUUUCCCGCCGUCACGUGUGUCCGUGUCUUUGCCUGUAAAGGUGCUUUUAUCACUUCAACUGAGCCUUGGAAAAGCAUUAAAGUGUGAUUUAGGAUUUGAA